GUAGCUUCCCACUUACUGAAAGAUGCCAGCAAUUGGAGUAGUGUCCUCCUGUUCCUGUCUCCGUCCUGGUGUAUGGGUGCUGAAACCAGGAAUGCAGAAGAUGAGCUCCUUCGGCUUACAUACAGCAGCCAGGUGUGCUGCCAAGGAUUAUUAUGAAGUACUUGUGUUGGGUGGAGGCACUGGUGGAAUCGCCAUGAGUGCUCGGAUGAAGAGGAAAGUGGGGGCAGAAAAUGUGGCUGUUGUUGAGCCAAGUGAGACUCACUACUAUCAGCCACUGUGGACCCUGGUUGGUGGUGGUGCAAAGCAGCUGGCAACUUCUGCUCGUCCAACAGGAAGCGUAAUGCCUAAAGGUGUUGAGUGGAUCAAAUCUCGAGUUACAGCAUUGGAUCCAGAUAAGAACUGUGUGUGGCUGGAGAAUGAUAGCAAGGUAUCUUACAAGUAUCUGAUAAUUUCCCUUGGGAUUAGUCUGCAUUACGAAAAGAUCAAAGGCUUGCCAGAGGGCUUUCAACACCCUAAAAUAGGUUCCAAUUAUUCAGUUCAUACAGUAGAGAAAACAUGGAAAGCUUUACAAGAUUUCAAGGAAGGAAAUGCUAUCUUCACUUUUCCAAAUACUCCAGUGAAGUGUGCAGGAGCUCCUCAGAAGAUCAUGUAUUUAUCAGAGGCCUACUGGAGGAAAACAGGAAAACGUUCCAAAGCAAACAUAAUGUUCAACACUUCACUUGGUGUCAUUUUUGGUGUUAAGAAGUAUGCUAACUCAUUGCUUGAAAUAAUAAAGGAGAGGAAUAUUACUGUUAACUAUAAGCGCAACCUUGUAGAAGUUCGAGCAGACAAGCAGGAAGCGGUGUUUGAGAACUUGGAGAAACCCGGAGUGACUGAAGUCCAUCAGUAUGAAAUGCUUCAUGUCACACCCCCAAUGGGGCCACCUGAUGUACUCAUCAACAGUCCUGUCUCGGAUGAAAUUGGCUGGGUGGAUGUAGACAAGGAAACCCUACAACAUAAAAAGUAUCCUAAUGUAUUUGGUAUCGGAGACUGCACCAACCUUCCAACAUCAAAAACUGCUGCAGCUGUAGCUGCCCAGUCUGGAGUGCUUGAUAAAACUAUUUCCCUGGUAAUGAAGAACCAGUUGCCAACUAAAAAGUAUGAUGGAUAUACUUCCUGCCCGCUAGUAACAGGCUACAACAAGGUGAUUCUAGCAGAAUUUGACUACAAUGGUCAGCCUUUGGAGACCUUUCCCAUUGACCAGAGUAAGGAGAGAAUAACCAUGUACCAUAUGAAAGCUGAUAUGAUGCCUUUUCUCUAUUGGAAUGCGCUACUUAAGGGAUACUGGGGAGGACCAGCUCCUGUCAGGAAGCUAAUGCAUCUGGGCUUCAAGUAA